AAUACAAAUUCGAAACUGUCAUUAAACUGUCAAUAUGUCCUCAAAGAACAUGAACUGAUUUCUUUUAGUUUUAUUAGUCCAAAUUUUAAGUUUUUUAAUGUACUCCAGCAUUAAAUAAAUUACAUUAAUGCAUUUUAAAGAUUUCACAGAAGAGUUUUAUCAGUACCCCCAUCAAAUUUCAUACUCACAACUGUUAAGAAGCCAACAUCACUCAUUUGAAUCUUUUAGCAAAAUUGUUAAAAGCGCUAAAAAUCCACCCACAGCUUCCAGAAACAGAAAGAAUAAAUGUCAUGGGAGGGUUUUAAAGAACAUUUUUACUCAACUAAAGAACAAAACCAGUACGGAGUUAGGACAGUUUCUUGAUCUAAAUGCAAUGAACGGAGUUGCGGAAACAUCCAGUUUUUCACCAUUCAAAAAACCAAUGGCAAGCAAACAAAAAUUUCAAGUUUUUACGUCAAAAAUGGGGAAUGAAGAUAAAUUGAUAUUAAAUAAAGUUGCAGAUUCCAAAAGGCAAAAAACAUUCAAACAAGUUAAUAUAAAAGAAGUAUCGAAAGAUGAUUUGGAUGAUGUUUCAAUUAUAUUACCAUUUUCUGGUGGUAUCGAUAAAUCUGCAAAGUUCGUCGCAUGCCGUAAAAUAAAUUCAAGGAGCAAUUUAAACAUGAAUUCAAAUUCGCAUUCAUCGAUAUUAAUUAAAAAUGAGAGUAAAGAAGAAGGAAUACUAAUGGAUAUAUACAAUAAUAUAACAAAAGUCCUCUCAUCUUUUAAAUGGAAAACCAAGAGCAGCAGCAAAAGUCCAGAGCCUCCCAGAACUAAUACUUAUAAUAUUCAUUCCACUAAUAAUAGUAAUAAUACACAAACUAGUACUAGUAGUAACAAAAGAACAAAUGUUUCAAGUAAUACUCAACGAGACAAAUGUGAACAAUGUGGAAGUUUACUGCUACCAAAAUGGCAUGGGUGCACUUGCUGGUCAACAGAAGAGGAAACGUUAUUCUGUUUACUUAAAUUAGAGGCCAGGGAAAACUUUAAACAAAUAAAACAAAUUGAACAUGAGCUUAGAGUACAAAACAAGGUUCUAAAACUAUUAAAUAGUAGGUGUUCAAGUUUGGAGAGAAUUGUAAAAAAGAAAACUGAGAGAAGUAUAGAGAUGUCUAAAGACUGUAAGACUGCAAAAGGCUGCUUUAAGAAUUCGUCUGAUACAACAGAAAAUAAAAAGAAAAUAAUGACAGACGAAACCACAUACACGAGUAAUGCUACUUCAAAUACCAGUAUACCUGAGCAAUCCCAAUCAACAACAACCAAAGAGUUAGCAGAAGUUUCUCAAACUGCCAGCAAUGAAUCUUCCGCUUUAAAAUCAAGCACUUCGCAAAACUGGGAAAAAGAUGAAAAGGAUCCACGGUCAAGAUGUGUUGCAAAAUCUAAUAAUUUUCCAAACUAUCUGAGCGAUGAAGAGCCUUCCACAGAACUUUCAACUAUAAAUAAACUUGAAAUUAGUCAAAUCUCUACCACUGAGGCCACGGAUUCCUCAAAAUCAAAAGAUAAUAAAGUAAAAACUGCAAGUGUUAAUAAAACCAAAGUCAAUAUAGAAGAUUGUGUUACCAAAUCCGUACGAAGUUCUAAAGUAAAAAUUACAAUUUCCAGAUCUACUGUAUUGAUUAAAGCUUCAACAGGGAAAGUUAACGAUGAUUUAGAUAAGCACCAAACUUUAAGAGAAGGAACCAAACAAUUAGCCAAAUCUCUGCGGACGUGUAAGAAGGCCGGUGAAGGAAUACCUUGCAAUUGUGAAAAUGUUAAUAAAUGUUGUUGUACGCAUAAGAAAAGUAGUUUUGUUAUAAAGUUAUUUAGAAAAAGAAAGUGCGAAGAACUAUGUAAAUGUCAUACCAAAACAGUUUCCGAUAGAAAAAAAUUAAGAAACAAAACUCCAGUUGAUGAAAUUACAAAGUAAAUCAGUCUGUUUUUUAUGUGAGUACAGUUUGAAAAUUAUAAGAACUAAAUAUAU